GCACGCGCUCACUGACUCAAAGCUUCCAGCGGUUACACCUCAAACAGCCGACGAACUUCAGGCUACUACUUCGCGCUUCGAACAGCACUUUCCCACAGGCUGUCAAAAGAGGAAAUAAGGAGGAGUGUGGCAGUCCCUUCGGUCUGUUACAUCUCUAUAACCUACGACCCUUGCAUGAGCAGCACAAGCAAGCACAUGCAUUAACAAGCAAGAAGAUCAGAGAAGUUCUCUGUGCUGAAUAGAAAACCUGAAGGCCAUGUCUGACAUGGAGAAUGGUAGCACAAAAGCAGAUGGAGGUGACAGUGUGGAUGCCAAAGGAUUUGAACCUAAAGGGUCUCGCAGCGGACCUGUUCAUGCAAAAGACAAAGAGCUUCCUGACGUGUACAGGUACCGAACGGACUACCCUAAACUUGGGAAAUGUAUCAUCAUCAACAACAAGAAUUUUAACCCUGGAACAGGGAUGGGAGACCGGGCUGGAACAGAUGUGGAUGCAGCAAAAGUGGUGAAAGUCUUCAGAGAGCUGGGUUUCAGUACUUCAGUCCAAACCAAUCGAACUGUUUCACAAAUGAAGGAGAUUUUAACAUCAGCAUCCAAGGAGGACCACAGCCAGUCAGCCAUGUUUGUCUGUGUGCUGCUGAGUCAUGGGGAUGAAGGAGUGAUCUAUGGCACUGAUGGAUGCAUGGAGCUGAAGGAGCUAACGAGACUCUUCAGAGGAAACCAGUGUAAAUCUCUAGCUGGCAAACCUAAACUCUUCUUCAUACAGGCGUGUCGUGGAACAGAGUUGGACCCUGGCAUCGAGACUGACAGUAGUCCUGAUUCAGAGAGCACACACAAGAUUCCUGUUGAAGCAGAUUUCUUGUAUGCGUACUCCACUGCCCCAGGUUAUUAUGCUUGGAGAAACACAGCCAACGGGUCAUGGUUCAUAUCCUCCCUGUGUGAGACACUGGAACAAUAUGGCAGAGAACUGGAGAUCAUGCAGAUCAUGACACGUGUGAACCGCAAGGUGGCGCUGGAAUUCCAGUCUUCUUCCAACCUGCCAGGAUUUGACGCUAUGAAACAAAUACCAUGCAUUAUGUCCAUGCUGACCAAAGAGCUGUACUUUACAAAGUGAUUAAGUUUCAAAACAAAUUAAAUUAGAUCUAGGAGGGAGUAUUAUUAUUAAAAAAAAAAAAAGACAGAAGUUUAGUUGGCACACACUACACAGUGGCCUUUAACAGGGGCCAGCAAUGGCAAUCCAAACAAUGAGCACAACAGUAACACAGGCACUUUUUUACAACUGUUUACUAUAUCCACAGUCAACAGAAGGAGAAUCCGUGUGGUGAAUUCAAACUUUAACUAGAUUGUGUCUCUGAUUCUGCUCUAAAAUGUGUCACAUAUCUAAUGUUGCUGUGAAACGUAAGAUCUCCAGUCUUAUAUUUUCUUAUAUGAACUCAGGGUCCUUGAAUAAACCUCUUUAGAAACAUA